AUGCGACUGGCGGCGAGGCUCGUGGCGUAUUUCCUUGUCCUGCUUCCCCUAGCCAGCCGAGGUCUCCUUUUUGGCUUUUCUCAAUCUUUUGAACCACUUUUGCCUUCAUAUCUUUUUUCAUCGUCAAAUUUGCAGCCGAUGCGUACGAUAGCUGCCUUCAUUACCGCUCUUUAUGUUUACGGAACACAGAAUGUCUUAGUUAUCUACAGAAUUUUAGAACUUCAUGUGGGCUUUCUAUGUCUGGUUCGUUGGUUUGGGCUCUUGUAGAUUUUCAUCCUAGUUUUCAGCCUGCACAGGUAAUUCGCCUUCCGAUUGUGUCUACUAUUUGAGAAAGAUUCGAAGCUUCUUUCCCACGGAUACCUGUGCUUGUUAUCAAGCUUUAGGUAUGUGUUUCUUUGGAAUCUGAUAAUUCGUGAAAAUGAUAUAAGAUCGGAAUAACUAGGUUUUUAGCGCUUAGAAAGAACUUUGAAUAAAGUUGAAAGAAUAACCGCUCUGGAGGAAAUAUCAUUUUUAAAAUUUUUGUCUGUUCAGGAUCUUCCGAAGAAUGUGACUAUUUUCGUCAACUCAUCUGGAAUCAUCCAUGUGAACGGCGUCUCAAAGACUUCGGCGAGGAACUGCUUUUAUCGCAAAAGUUUAUUUUCAUAGAAAAAAAUAAUAAUUAAAAAUUAAAUUGGGGUAUGGAGCAUUCUUUUCGACAUUCGUUAGUCUAGUUUAACACGCGGUAUUUUAUAUUUUGAAAACUUUAUAUUAGCUUAAUUUCCUUGUCGAAACACUCGUGGAACUCUGCAUCUUCUUUAUGAGUAGAUAAAGAGGUUAAUUUGAUCUUAGAGUCCUUUCCGUCACCAAAAAUCCAUACGGGAGUCGCCGAACAACGCGGACGCCAGCCGCCGAUCGCGUGAAGCAACUGAAAUACCAGCUGAGUGGAGGUAACGCUAUAAAUGGUCGAGCAAAAGCCCGCAAAGAAAGUCUUCUUGUGAAGGAACGUGAGAGAAAAAAGAAAAGUUUCCAAAAAAGAAAGUGGUUCCUCUUACUCCUUCCAUAAAAGCCUUUUCUUUUUUCGUAAACAUUUUCAUUUUCCUAGAACUUUUGUCAAAUGAGAAUACUCCGACUAAAUGUACAAGUUUGAGAGCUGGAAACGCGAUCUUCGCUGCAGACUCUGACGUGCGACGCGGCCCUCAACGAAGUUUGUCUCCGGCACGUCUCCUGCAGCCAAUUGUGGCGUCUUUUCCGCGCCAGCUGCGACGUCGACCAGGACAACAAGUGUCGCAUGGCCGAUAGGUUCCACUUUUCCUUCCUAUUUUCGAAAAAAGGUUCUCAUAGCCAUGUCAAGCCCAUAUAUGUCGCCUUGUAGUCAGUCUUAAACGAUUUGCUCGGGCUUCAAAAAUUACAUAGGCAGAGCAUUUUUAAGAUGGUCAAUACCUAUAAUUGAGUCUUUUUUAAGCAAAGUUUUGUACUACCUGAACUUAGAGUCCUUUCAAAAGCUUUGUGAAAAAGCCACAAAAAGCUUCUCCGAAUGAUCUAAAGUUAAGGUUCUGUUCCUUUUUUUUCAAGUUAUUUCGAUUUUGCCCCUAGUUACUAUGUUUUUUUGCAGGGAAGUCUGUUGGCAGUCUUUUGAAGGCCUUUCUUGGACGGGCCUCGGAGAUUGCCGUUGUGCGUCUUCCAAUAGUUCCGACUGCCACUGGAUCCGCCUCCACACCAACUACAACAAGUGUAUUUGUCAGUUUUCUAAGUUUUGGUUCCAUGUAACAUUUUAAAAUUUUUUCGACUGUGUUUUCUAGACGAGAUAUCGAAGUCGGGACAGUUUCCGGCGCUGACAACCCUCAACGAGCAGAGACAGUCGGCCUACCGUCAACGGUACGAAUUGCGCGAAUCUGACGGUUUUCCAAGGUCUCAGACCACCUCGAGAGUCUUUUUUGAAGAAUACGUCGCUUCGACGACGGCCCGUUGGACGACGACCACUCCGAUACCAACAAUGGCCUCAGUUCCAUCCACGACGCCCAAUCCGGCUUGGUGGAACCCGGCGCCGACCAAAAUCUUGGUCAGCUACAAAAAUAUCAAUCCUGAAGUAUCUACCACUCGAAUGCCUUAUGUUGAGGUUGGUUGCAGACUUUUUUCAGACAAAUUUCAAAUUAAGUUUUUUUUAUGCUUUUAUCGCCGGAAGAUUUUUGUAAAUAACUACUAAAUCAUCUCUAUUUUCAAUAAUUCAUUUCUUGUUUGUUUUUUGUACGAAUUUAUUACAAAAAAAGCUAGGAACGUUUAACUUGAAAGAAGAUAGCUCAUAAGUACAGAAACAACUGAUUGAAACUUCAGAAGGAUUUCGUGAUCCUAGUAAUUUUUUUAAGUAAAAAUAGUUGAAAUAUUGUUAUUGGGGAUUUUUUUGAAACUUAACUGGAUUCUUUGUCGAAAAUUUUUCUCGGUAGAGCUAUUCAUAGAAACAAUUUUUGAACUUCACUACUGUGAUUAUUAUUUUUUCAUUCCUACUGUUUUUGGGAAGAAUAACUCCACUAUUGCAGGGAAGAAUGAUUAAUUUUUUCAGCCUCGACAAAACGAGAGACCGAUUUUGAGGAAAGAGCAGACGGCGGCGGAAAAAUCCAAGUUCAACACGUUAGUAUUUCAACCUUUUUUUGAGCUGCGAAAUUUUCUUCUUUUGGUUUUUUUCUCCUUUCUUUCUUUCGUCGCGUUUGCUGCUCCAACACCUUUGUGUGGGGUGGAAAUUUUGCAUUUUGGAUGAGAGCGGCGCCAUUCUUGCCGAGUGCUUUUCCGGCGUCUCUGAAUGUUCGCCGAUUGGAGUACGAAGAGCAACUUUUUUUUUUCACGCACCCUUUCGCUUAUUUCUUUUUUUGGGAGCCAAAGGUCUGAAAAAUGUCUGACACGUUACCGGGGCAGCUAUUCGAGAAAAUUUUUCUUCUCUUUUCACGUUUUUUUUUUUCAGAAAUUGGAAAAACGAAAGAGAUCAUCGCAGGGAUACAGCCAUUGAUUCUCAGGUUACCUUUUUUGAUUUGGCAAAAUAAGCGCAAGUGCUCAUUAACGGAUUAGAUCGAGAGAACUUGUUGGAUGAAACUGAAUGAAUAAACUGAGAUUUCAGUCUAACAGUUUCAAACUGAAUGUCCGGAUCGAAGAAGGAAGAAAAGUCGAAUCUUCGGUGGCCUUUGUUCAGCGGAAUACUACUACUCGUAAGUUCGUUUCAUCUUUCAUUCACUAGCAAUUUCGCCGAUUUUUGACUACAUCGGCUUCUUUUUUAUUUCCAUUUUUGAUCAUAAGUUUUCUUCAGUCAAGAGUUGUUCAAAUUAAACCGUUCUAAAUUCUUUUUUUGUGAAACGAACAGAUAUAUCUUGAUCCAUCAGAUUUUUGACAGUAUUUCUCUUGAUUUUUUUGCGUGCCAAUAUUUUCAAACGCACUGCAAAUAUUAUAGGAAAGAAACCUGUAAAAACUCAAAAUGAGGCUCAAAAAAUCUACCUUUUCCUUGUAAUUAACAGAGCUCUAUACAGGAAGGGUUUGCGUUGUUUCAAAAUGAGCUUCAAAAAUGAAUCACGCUUUGAGUUCUUGAACCAAAUAUUUAAACAAUUCCUGGACCUACUGCAGUUGAAAAGCCUCAAACCUUUGCGUAGAGUUUCUAAAGAUCCUGAGAACUUUUUUUUCUGAAGUUGCGCCGUUAUUAUCCAAGAAGCCUCGCGGAUGAACCGAGCUAAUAGGAGGACUUAACAAUUCUAAUAAGUGAAGAAUCUGGCCGGGUGUGUGGAAAGUAAAAGAGGAGGGAGGUCGACGGCUGGUCGCUCCGCCCCUUUUUCCUCCGCAUUUUGGAGCUGCCGCCGCUUCUGCUACUGAACUCGACGUCUUCAAAACCACGUCUUUGUGUUCCUUCUGAAAUGCCGAUAUGUUCGUUCUGUUCGACGUGAUUUUCGUCGUUUCCUUCGCCUUGGCUCACACCUUCGGUCCAGUCAUUUUUUUCAAUAUUCGUAAUUUAUUCACUGAAAAAAGGAUUAUUUAAACAAAAGGAAUAGGAAACCAAUGGAAAUUUUGUUUUGUUUUUUAUCGUCUUUUUUCUUAGCUUCACUGACUCCAACGCAAAGGAUUAGACGUAACGAUUUGCGUCCCCCGUCUGCUUUUAUUUGUUCGGAUUAUGAUCGUAGUAAUCUUUUGAAAUUUCUUUUUUUUUUCAAUUAUUAGUAUUCCUUUUUUUUUCGAAGGGUUUUUGUUUUUUGCUAAUCUGGUGUUCUGAAUUUUCAAAGCUUUCGAAUAUCAACUUUUUUUGAAAAAUCUUUGAUAAUUACGAAGAGAUUACUACGAGAUCACUUUCUCAGAAAUAAAAGUCAGUUCUUUUAAAAGUUAGUAAUAUUUAAUCUUAUUUCGUUGAAACUUCAUGAGGGCUUCAGUUACCGACAAUGUUUCGAUUACGUCGCAACAGUUUUUCGUUCAGGAUCUUCGUGCCAUGAUGCGAUUCGGCGUUGUGAAACGGUGGACGAGUGUCGUUGGCACCUGGGAGAGUUGCGAGUUCGAUGUUCGCCCAACUCCUGCCGUCGUGAGGAAUGCUCCUCGGUCCGUUUUGCAAUACGAUGAAAUUAACAGUUCAAAGUUCAAUUCUCACUCAUAAUCUGUAGUCCUGAUCUAUUUCCAUUAUGAUAACUUUAAAGUUGUUCUUUGUUGAUCGUAUUUUACAGAAAAUUUUUUUUUUAUCAUCAACUGUGAAUUUAUGAGCAAAGAGUAUUAGCAAUGUAUGAGAAUCAAUUUUUGGGACUUGUUUUUGUAAGUUUUUUGCGGAGCUCAAUCUCAUCAAAUUUUGAGAAAGACACCUCUUUCUACUUUGAACUAUAAUAUCUAGUUGAGAAAGCUUUUGAUUUUAUUUUUAGAAGAUAACUUUUAUAAAUGUAAAAUUACAGAAACAUUUUUCUAGCAAAAGAAUUUUUGAAUCGAAAGUUGUAGGCACUGCAGCGAUUCGCGACUUACGUACCUUUCGCCAUCGUGGAAUCCGUCAUGUUCUGCCAUUGCGCCGCUGGCGACGCCACUUGCCUCGGACAACAGGUUAAUUGGCUUCAUCAAGAUUAUUUCUAGAUUUCUCCAUAUUUCUUGUCUUCUUUUUAAAAACACACAAUUGGAGCCUAUCUUUUAUGAUUAUUGUUUAUUAAUAUGUGUUUGUUCGUUCUAAGAGUCAGAAAACGCGACUUCUCCCACGUGUCCUGUUAAUAGACAAUUUCGAACCGCCAAAUUACUUUGGCUCGCCUUCUCGCCUCAAUUUUCUUUCUAUAAUUGACCUUCCGUGUUUCCCUAGUGAGGAAUCAACUAAAAAGCGUCUACUCUUUUUUUUUUCAACUUUGGGAAUCAUAUUUGACCGUAUCUCAGUAGUUUCGUUAAUUUCAAUAGAAUUAUUCGUUUUUGAAGCCGGGUCUCUCAAAGCCGAGUCGUUUGAGCAAGACGAAUGUGGCGAUUAUUUCGCCUCUUCUUGAGAAAUUUCACAAAGAUGUCGAGCUGCCUCUCUUGCCUUAGAAAAGUGCUCUUCUCAGUGAAAUUCCAAUUUAGGAGUAGCAAGAAUUAAUUUUUGUCAAAUUUCUUCAUAAAGCAGCGAAAGUAAACAUUGCGAAGUUUCAUAGAAGAAGUUUUUAUUUGAAAGAACUUUCGAGAUUUUCUAGCUUCUGCAAGGUCCUGAAAACUAUGAAGAAAAAACAGAAUCACUCGCAUAAUUAAAAAAAAAAGAAGGAAAAAAAAUUUUCUAGUAAAAAUCUAUCAAAACUCGAUUAAACAUUUGCAAAAUAAAUUUAUAAAAAAAGAACUCACGUCCAGGACAUGCAACUCGAUUCUAACAAGUUUCAAAAACUUUCUCACGAUAAAGGUUUUCGACACAUUUUCGAAUAUUUGAUUUUGAGGUUUUCUCGAUUUUAGCUUUCGUCUGCUCGGAAUUCGUGAUAUUAAAGGAAUUUGUGACGGAUGAAGUCUGAUCGAAAAUCGCGGUUUUUAGGAAUCAUCAAAGUUAAAUUUUUUUAUUUCUCUCGAUUUUCCAGCUCUUGACCACUCGAAGUUAUCUUCUUAUUCUUAGUGCACCAAUUUUAAGCCGCAGUUAAAAAAAUAAAUAAACGCCCUAUUUUUUUCUUUCUGAAAGGAAAAAUUGUGGGUUGCUGUAAAAUUAGAUCGCAUCACUGCUUGGAAAAAUUUCGGGAUUUCACUUUUGAUUGGUGGUUUCUGAUUAAAAGAAAAAAAGGAAAAUAAAAGUCCAAAAAAGUUAAAAAUCUUUGAUUUUCUGUCAUAGAACACGGAACUAACGAAAGCUUAAUUUUGCGCAUUCCGUUUCAUGUUUGAUUCGAGCGAUGACUACAGGAACUUCUGUACCCGCGCUGCCUGUACAGGUCGAGUGCAGCCGUGACGACUUGCACCCAGACAGCCGCCCAAUGCGACGCCGAUCCCCGUUGUCGGUCCGCGAAUUUCUUUCAUUUUCGGACGGAAGUCGCAAGUUCAGCCAUAUCCGCCAUGCUCUCUCCGCUCACUGUCGGGUCGUGAACGGCGAGUGCGAACAAAGGUCUUUGGACAAUUGCAGGAGGACCAUCUUAUCGGCCAGGUCUUUUUAUUAUCUCAUAGGACUUACGGUUUUCAUUUUCUCGCUUUACUUUUAUAGGAAGUUUUCAGUUGCGCGGUUUUUUUUUAUAUUUCUUGGCAGAAGGAUAGGUGACAAAAAGCUCUCUUUAACCCGUUGAUGGCUAUGAUGAGUCUGAUUUUUAUUCAAUCAUUAAUUUUUUUUACGAUAAACAGUGGUGUAACAAAGUUGUUUUCCAUUUUUUUUAACAAGGUAUUUUGUUUCUAUCAGUUCCAAUUUACUAUUUUCGUUGCAUUCUUCGUUUCGACUUGUAAUUUUAUUUUCAAAAAAACGUGAAAAACCAGAAGCAUCCUAAAACUCCUGGUGGAAUUCUCAAAAGAAGUGUGUUCAUUUUUUUUCUGCAUUCAUGAUUUUCGAAAAGACGUUUCAAUGAUGAUAAAUUUUUGUGUUGUCAGGGCUACUGUUCUUGAACAACCUUGCUUCUGUCCUUUAUCCGACGUGACUUGCUUAGCCCACCAGCGGAUGAUGAUACCGAACAACCCUUGCAUCGGUUUGAAGCUGCGAAGAGUUCAUACAAAGGCAAAUCUCAGAAAACGCAAUGCUUGAAUACUCGCGAAUCAUGGGCUACAACUCGGCGACGAGUCUCGAAACCAACCGGGUCCCGCCCAUCGCUGACUCAGAUUUGAUCAACCUUCCAAUGGUGAUUCUAAAAAUUUCUUUUUAAGAGAGAACCUUUUUUUAGAAGCUGGAAAACUCACACAGCAGCCAUGGCAAAUCGGGUGCUCACGCUCAACGACACAGUCACAUGACCACUUCGACCACGACGACGCCGUCUCCACCGGCUGAGCCUGUGAUUCCGACGCCUCGAGCCUCGCCGAGAAGUCUUCUCCCAUCGGAAGUCACAAAAAGAAGAGAGAAGUCCCGCAACCGAGGCCGUGUCACUCCGACGCCUCGCUACAAGACAUCCACCGCCGUGCCUGUCACGACUACAACCACCACCACAUCUACCACUACCACCACCACGACCACGACUUCUGCGCCGUCGACUGUCGCGUCUGGACGCGGGUUCAUCUCCAUGCUCGUUUCCAAGGUGCUCAACUCUGGAGAGGAGAACGUCGAAAACUUCACGGAUGAGGAACAUGAAACGCCGGUUCCCAUCGAAGAAGUGCCGGAGCUCCAGGCACAACCUGUAAUUAUCAAGGAGAAGACAGACACGUAUGAUUCCAAUUAACGAUUCCAGUGUUGUUAUAUGGAGUUACAGAAAGUGGCUUCAAAUCAAGACAACGUUGACGCCUCCAAAAGCUUCUGAAGCGCCUCCUCCGUGGGUUUCGACGUCGCCAGGCGCUCCAACGACCACGACAGUGUUCGUGACACACGCGCCUCCUCCGGCAGGUCAUCUCAGUUCAAUUUAACUUUGAUAAUUCUUCCAAAAAAUGGCUUUUACAAAUCAAAAGCAAGAAAAAAAGGAUGGAAAGGUGAUAAUAAAAAAAAAGUGAAGUUCAGUUGAAGCGAAAAGAGUUUUUUUUUGAGAAUCGAGACGAUAGAAAGUAGGAGUACAGAAGAGAAAAUAAUUUCUUUUUGAGAUAUUUCUAGAAAAACGAGAAGGCUGCCCAAAAAAAAAAAUGCUAGCCUUGAAUCACGACGCGUUGUUUCCAGAAGGCUGUUACACCAAAGACGCAAACGGUCGCGAAAUCUUCACUCAUCGUGGAUCCAUCAUCAGAGUGAUUUCGAAUGAAGUUAUGCUGAAGAUGAAGAUAUAAUUCAGAGGUACGUCGACUGGUCGGGCCGAUGUUCGACGUGGUGUGAAUGCGAAGAAGAGGACCGACUCGAGUGCGAAUCUCUUCCUUGUCUUCAGCACGCCACCUGCGACGCCCCACUCACCACUCUUGGUUUGUUUCUCAUCUCCCAGUUUUUGGAGGCACAGUAAAAUAUAGGCCCAAAGCUUUUUUUUUCUAAAAGUCUAUUCCUUGCUAUUGAAAGCCUCAACGUUUUGAAGAGUUCGGCGAACGACUGUAUGUGAAAGGCCGAGGAGCGUGUUACUGCGAAUCGGGAAAGUUUAUCUGCGAACUUCCCGAACAUGUUCCAGAGACGUAUCCAGGUUAUUUCGAAGCAAGAAUCCCAAGUGUUCUCUACCAGCCGAUUUCAGGACUCUACUUGUCGAUAGGAUACUCGGAAGACGACGCCGAGAUGCUGCGGAAGUCAGUUCCUCGGGAAAUCCUCGAUCGUGCCGGAUUCGUCUCUUCCAACGCCGCCACCGACAUCGCCAGCCAUUUGCAGAUCGCUUUUGAGCGGAUUCUCCCUAAAGUUGUUCGAUCCUCCGGAAGCUAUUCACGAAGAAAGCUUUCAGGACCUCCGGUGCAGAAUCGUGACGAUGCCGGAGAUGAACGACGGCGGCAACGCGUUUUUCCGCGUCGAAUGGUUUGGCAUGAACGAACUGCUCAACCACACUUCUGUGCAGUGGCAUUCCGGCGGUGCUGAGAAGGUAGUUUUUCGUUUCAGGGACAGAAUUACUUGAAAGAUCAUUCUCUUUCUAUACACUCCCUCAUUUUUUUAUUGCUCAGAUUUCAUUUCAAUUACUGGUUGGAGUAUUUGAAACUUCAAGAUAAGAAUACUUCUCAAAAUCUAAAAAGAAAUAAUCAGCUAUAAAUUGGGGACCCAUAAAAAAAGAAAACAGAACUGAAAAUAUUUCAGUUUUUCAGGUGUGAGGUUCAACUUCCUUUCUGAACUUUUUUUUCAAUUUUGAUUUACAUCAAAAAAAAAAAAAUGAGAAUAUUUCAUUUUAAGCCAUAUCGAUUAUUUCCAGAAAUUUACGAAAUUCUAAAAACUUGCAGAUCUGUUCACCCUAUGUCCUGAAACUCGCAGAUCAUUUUUCACUGAACGAAAGUCCGCGUUUUCAGUUGGUUCUUUCUACUGUCAAACAAGUCAAAGUUAGUUAUUUCUUUUUUCUCUACAAACUUUUUCGAAAUUUGAAUUACAGGUUUUGGACUACCUCAAUGGCCUACCUUCUCAAUUAGGCAAUCCUAAUUUCAAUUUUAUUUUAUUUUUGUUUACUUCAAUUUUAUGGAUAUUACAUUUAAUGCAUUUGAUCGCUGUGUGA